UUAAAGGGAUUCUCCUCCCUCAGCCUCCCGAGUAGCUGGGACUACAGCCAAAUGUUGUCUGCCAUCCUGUUGUUGCUUCAGCUGUGGGACAGCAGGGCACAGGAGACUGACAAUGAGCGUUCUGCCCAGGGCACCAGCGCCCCGCUUUUGCCCUUGCUGCAAAGGUUCCAGAGCAUCAUUUGCAGGAAGGCUACGCCCCACUCUGAGGGCGACAUGCACCUUUUGUCUGGCCCUCUGAGCCCCAGCGAGAGUUUCCUGAGGUACCUCACCCUUCCACAAGACAACGAGCUUGCCAUUGAUCUGUGACAGACCACGGUUGUUGUCAUGGGCCAUUUAGACCGUCUGGCUACGCCCUGUUUGCCUCCACUGUGUAGCUCUCCGACGUCUCGUAAGGUGUGUGCAAGAACCACGUUCUCCAUG